CCGAGCUGGUACAAGAAUGCUGAGCUGGUACAAGUAUACCGAGCUGGUACAAGUAUGCCGAGCUUGACCAAGUAUGCCAAGCUGGUACAAGUAAAAUAAGCUGCUACACGUAUGCCGAGCUGGUACAAGUAUGCCGAGCUGGUACAAGUAUCCCGAGCUGGUACAAGUAUGCCGAUAUGGUACAAGUAUGCCGAGCUGGUACACGUAUGCCGAGUUGGUACAAGUAUACCGAGCUGGAACAAGUAUGCCGAGCUGGUACAAGUAUGCCGAGCUGGUACAAGUAUGUUGAUCUGGUACAAGUAUACAUAGCUGGUACACGUUUGCCGAGCUGGUACAAGUAUACCGAGCUGGAACAAGUAUGUCGAGCUGGUACAAGUAUGCCGAGCUGGUACAAGUAUGCCGUGCUGGUACAAGUAUACCGAGCUGGUACAAGUAUGCCGAGCAGGUACAAGUAUGCCGAUCUGGUACAAGUAUGCCGAGCUGGUACAAGUAUGCCGAGCUGGUACAAGUAUGCCGAGCUGGUACAAGUAUACCGAGCUGGAACAAGUAUGCCGAGCUGGUACAAGUUUGCCGAGCUGGUACAAGUAUACCGAGCUGGAACAAGUAUGCCGAGCUGGUACAAGUUUGCCGAGCUGGAACAAGUAUGCCGAGCUGGUACAAGAAUAUUUUCUGGAUAUAUAAAAGCACUAGAUAGAACUGCUUGCAGUACGGGACGAAGAAGUAGAGUUGAUUCAGGAUUAGGAGAGAUGGAUUUAGGAUACCUGGACAUGAGUCUCACACCUAGAGAUAGUUCAGGAUUAUCCACUGCAUCUACUCCAUCUACAUCUAAGUUCUCCACUAGAUCAAGAGACUCCAGAGACUCAAGAGAAUCAAGGUCGUCUUCCAGAGAUUCGUAUUCAAGACCCAGACCUGGUCGUAUAUCCCAUGGUUCAGCAGUAUCCAUGCUUAAUAUCCACAAAUCCUCCAAUACUCCAGAAAGUGUUGGAUCUAAAUCCUCCAUUCUAACCAGCUCUUCUAUUCUUACCAACGGCUCCAUUCAGCACAACAGUUUAAAUUCUCGUCUAAACAACUCAAACCAACAUAUAAACAGUAUAAAACCAGUGUAUUGGUCAAACUACAAGAUUGUCAGUGGGUCCGUGCAAGCGGUUCCAGACUCAUUAAGAUCUCCAAAUUAAUGAGAUCAAUAAGAUCUCCAAAUUAAUGAGAUCAUUAAGAUCUCCAAAUUAAUGAGAUCAUUAAGAUCUCCAAAUUAAUGAGAUCCAUAAGAUCUCCAAUUUAAUGAGAUCAUUAAGAUCUCCAAAUUAAUGAGAUCCAUAAGAUCUCCCAAUUAAUGAGAUCAUUAAGAUCUCCAAAUUAAUGAGAUCAUUAAGAUCUCCAAAUUAAUGAAAUUAUUAAGAUCUCCAAAUUAAUGAGAUCAUAAAGAUCUUCAAAUUAAUUAGAUCAUUAAGAUCUCCAAAUUCAUAAGAUCAUUAAGAUCUCCAAAUUAAUGAGAUCAUUAAGAUUUCCAAAUUAAUGAGAUCAUUAAGAUCUCCAAAUUAAUGAGAAAACAGUUAUGCUCACAUCAUUUUUCAGUUUUAUUUCCAUCCAUAAUCUUUGGAUACACAGUUGAGAUGGAAAACUCUAAAAUACUUGUACAAUAAUAUACAAGAUUAGAUAACUAUUAAUUAUAUAGAAUACAGCUUUGUAUUGUGGAUAAAUAUAUAUCCAUAGCUUAGCCUAAUAUUUCUUUCUACGAUACAUAAAACAGUGUUUUAGUUGGAUACACUAGAAUACACCAUAAAGCUUUGUAGUUAGAUACACUAGGAUACAAAAUACAACUUUGUAGCUGGAUACACUAGGAUACAAAAUACAACUUUGUAGUUGGAUACUGUAGAAUACACAGGACAGUUUUGUAGAUGAAUACACUAGCAUAAAAAAUACAGUUUUAUAGUUGGAUACACUAGGAUACCAAAAUACAACUUUGUAGUUAGAUACUGAA